GCUGUGAUUCUUCAUGGUCGCUCAUCUGAAACGUCUCUUUUUAUUGUAAAUUGCAAACUCGGUACAUAAUUUAUUAUCUCAUAUGCGGCUACGGACUAUAGAAAGAACACUGAGUGACUGCUAUCGUCAAAUGUGCGCUAGAUCAAAUCCGAACACCGUCAAAAUCAUCGACCGCUGGAGCACUGAAACUUUAGAGAGAAAAGAUGGUUUGAACUGAGACUUGGCUAACGUCUCGAGACUCAACAGAGCUUCAGUGAGAACAUGUGAACUCGCCCUCGUGAAUGUUUCUCUGGGGAAUUCUGAUCCUCUCAUCCUCCCCUUUCGUGCCGAAGCUCAUUUGAAUCAACAUCACGCGAUUGUCAACAUCGUGAAGCCAACGUUUGGGAUUUUUGGGAUUUGAAUUUCUUUCAAAUACUCAAAGGAUUUAAUGGUCUACACGAAUAUGUUCUAUUGCAAGCUGACCAACAUCGCUCUGUCUUAACUAAAAACUGAGCAGGAUAUAGACCAACCACUGCAUCGGACUUGAUUUAUCUGUGGACAACCUGCCGCAAAUGCCUCCCCCAGCCCUGCCCCGCACGUAGCCAGGAUGGAAAGCUACGUUGUCAAUAGGAUGGGACCUGACGAAUAGCUGCCUUUCUGAUGAAGAUGUUGCUUGGAUCCGUUUUUAAAUCCAUGUGGGAAUACUUGCCAUGCAAAGAGGCUUUGAGAUUUCUGACAGCUUCGCUCUUGGAACAUCUGGCAUCUUGGGUUUGAUCGUUUCUUGUGUGCGAGUGGAUAUAAACCAGUGCUGCCGCUGUUAGCGGGACUUGUGUGAAAAGGAUUGAACAUGCCCUUUCAACGACCAAACCGCCUGGGUGGCGUCUGGAGGGCCAUGUGUCCACGGCUAGGCCUCAAUGCUAGUCUGGACCUGUCGUUUUUGUGUUGGAUAUUAGGCUUAACCCUGCACGCCCAUCUCACUGCCUCGCAAAAACUGGACGAGACGGACCCCGUUGUCACUAUGACUUACGGCAAACUGCGGGGAUUCAAAAAAGAACUCAACAAUGAGAUCCUGGGGCCUGUCAUCCAGUUCCUGGGCGUACCCUACGCAGCACCUCCAACAGGUGAAAGGCGCUUCCAACCUCCUGAGCCCCCUAUUUCGUGGUCAGAUAUCCGUAACGCUACUCAGUUUGCUCCCGUUUGUCCCCAAACCCUGCUGGAGGGCAGGCUACCGGACGUCAUGUUGCCAGUUUGGUUCACCAACAGUAUCGAAGUGGUGUCGUCCUACGUACAGGACCAGAGCGAGGACUGCUUAUUCUUAAACAUAUACGUGCCAACAGAGGAUGUAAAAAGAAUAUCCAAGGAAUGUGCCAGAAAACCCGGCAAGAAAAUUUGUAGAAAAGGAGGUCCUCUUUCAAAGAAACAGAAUGAUGAUUUAGCUGAUAAUGACGGUGCUGAGGAUGAAGACAUUCGUGAAAGUGGGAGCCCCAAACCGGUGAUGGUUUUCAUUCACGGAGGAUCAUACAUGGAAGGAACGGGAAAUAUGUUCGAUGGAAGCAUCUUGGCCAGUUACGGCAACGUCAUCGUCAUAACCGUAAACUAUCGGCUUGGCGUGCUUGGUUUUUUGAGCACAGGAGACCAGGCAGCCAAGGGAAACUAUGGACUUCUUGAUCAAAUCCAGGCCCUGCGCUGGACGAGUGAAAACAUUGCAUUCUUUGGGGGUGACCCUUUACGCAUUACUGUUUUUGGAUCCGGGGCAGGGGCCUCAUUUGUCAACCUGCUGACUCUUUCCCAUUAUUCUGAAGGUAACCGUUGGAGCAAUUCAACCAAAGGUCUUUUCCAAAGGGCCAUAGCCCAAAGCGGCACAGCCUUGUCCAGCUGGGCUGUAAGCUUUCAGCCGGCCAAGUAUGCCCGAAUGCUGGCCAAGAAGGUGGGGUGCAACCUCAAAGAUACAGUGGAUAUGGUAGAGUGCCUACAGAAGAAACACUACAAAGAACUUUUGGAGCAGGACAUCCAGCCUGCCCGCUACCACAUCGCUUUUGGGCCCGUCAUUGAUGGUGAUGUAAUUCCCGAUGACCCUCAGAUCCUUAUGGAGCAAGGGGAGUUCCUCAACUAUGACAUUAUGCUGGGCGUCAACCAAGGCGAGGGGUUGAAGUUUGUGGAGCCCAUUGUGGACAAUGAGAACGGUGUUCAAGCCAACGAUUUUGACUAUGCCGUGUCAAGCUUUGUGGAUGAUUUGUAUGGUUACCCUGAGGGGAAGGACAUCCUUCGGGAGACCAUUAAGUUUAUGUACACUGACUGGUCUGACCGCCACAACCCGGAGACAAGAAGAAAGAGCCUGCUGGCACUCUUCACAGAUCAUCAGUGGGUGGCACCAGCUGUGGCCACGGCAGACCUCCACUCCAGCUUUGGCUCGCCUACUUAUUUCUAUGCCUUCUACCAUCACUGCCAGACGGAGCAGGUCCCACCCUGGGCUGAUGCGUCACAUGGCGAUGAGAUCCCAUAUGUUUUCGGGUUGCCCAUGAUUGGUCCAACUGAGCUCUUCCCCUGCAACUUCUCCAAAAAUGAUGUGAUGCUUAGUGCAGUGGUAAUGACCUACUGGACCAACUUUGCCAAGACUGGCGACCCCAACCAGCCAGUUCCACAGGACACCAAGUUUAUCCACACCAAGCCUAAUCGCUUUGAAGAGGUGGCAUGGAUGCGUUACAACCAAAAGGACCAACUAUACUUGCACAUUGGCUUAAAGCCCCGUGUCAAGGAACAUUACCGUGCCAAUAAAGUCAACUUAUGGCUGGAGCUGGUGCCUCACCUACAUAGCCUCAAUGAGGUCACCCAGAUCAUUUCCACCACCACCAAGUUGCCUCCACCUGAGGUCACUCCACGUACACCAAAGAAGAUCCCAGUUAACACCAAGAGGCCCUACCCUACGCCGUUUCCCACCGAAACACAGGACAGCCACAACCAGAACCAGAACCAACCUUUCCUAGUGGACCAGCGGGACUACUCGACCGAACUAAGCGUCACCAUCGCCGUUGGUGCUUCGUUGCUCUUCCUCAACAUUUUGGCUUUUGCCGCACUCUACUACAAGAAGGACAAGCGAAGGCAUGAGGUCCACCGACGUUGCAGCCCGCAGAGGACCACAGCCAAUGAGCUACCCCAUACGCAAGAAGAGGAGAUCAUGUCUCUACAAAUGAAACACAGCGACUUGGAGCGGGAGUGCCGGGAGGCUAUGCACCCGCACGAGGUGGUCCUGAGAACUGCCUGCCCGCCCGAUUACACGCUUGCCAUGCGCCGUUCACCGGACGACAUCCCUCUCAUGACCCCCAACACCAUAACUAUGAUACCCAACAGCAUGCCAGGCCUCACCUCCUUACACGCCUUCAACAGUUACUCCAGUGGACAGAAUAACACCCUGCCCCAUCCACACCCUCAUUCACACUCCACCACUAGAGUAUAGCCACACACACACACACGUUCUCACACACAAACACGAACAUACACACACACAUACACUCCCGCAGAUGUGGAGUACGAGUGUGACAAAAGAUGGGGGUGAUGGCGCUGAGUUGAGGAAUAUCUUUACUCCAUGUGCUCAAAGGAACAGGAAAUAACAAUGCCUUUGUUCCUAGAGAUCAAAACUAUCAUUUUAUAUUAAAGGCGUGAACAAAAAAGACAAAAAAACUAUUUCUGAUGUAAUGAAAAACAAACAGAGAUGAUUUUUUACCCUUAUAUUGUAACAAAAACCAGGGCCAUUUCCUGAAAACAACCAUCAGUAUGGGAUUCUUUGAGGAAUGGUUUGAUUCGGUUACCCGGAGAGGAAACGACGGAAGCACAGAAGAGAUGACGUGUGGGAGGCCCUUUGUAAACAAAAGGAAACAUAUUGUUUUCCCGGGGCGCUGGAUUGUAGAUUACUCUCUUCAGAGCAGACGGGAGAUGCUGCUUACCUAAUUUAGGCAUGCGUUCUCCUUCUGGUGGAGAAUGUGGAAUACUACUGGGAAAAAGGAGAGAAUGAGAAAUCCUCAAGAAUAUGCACAAUAGAGACAUUCACAGAAUGUCUUUGAAUUCUUUUUGUCAAUUUAUUUUUGGGGGAACAAUUUUAUUGUAUAGGACCUAUUUACAUAUCUAGAUACGUACACAAAGCACCCAUGCUCUUUAAGCCCUGGCUGGGGGCGCUGAUACUGAGGAAUCUGCCUCAAGAGCGUAGUGGGGAAUUUAUUGGCUUCCUGGCAGAUACAGCUUCAUCACACAAGUGCUGUCUAUACUGAAACUGGUGGACUCAAAAGGAGGCUGGAUAUUUUUAGCACGACACGCAUGACAAUUUAUCUGCUUGGUGGCUGUUCUGCUGAUUAAGUCAUUAUUUAAAGCAAAACAAACUAAAAAAAAAAUAAUUUUCUUCCCCGUUUGGAUUUGUUUAAGGAAAUACUGCUCUGAUUGGCUCACGGGAGGAAUUGGAAAUACGCUGACGGGGGCGGACAUUGUGGGUUCUGGGAUGGUGACGGGCAGGGGUGGGGAUACGCUAACUAGAUUGCAUUUGCAAAUAGCUUGAGUGAACCUGGUUAUAAGGACUAGUUUUGUACAUGUGUGUUGGUAAAACUUUUUAAUAGUGGUGAAUCACUUGCUGUUUGAGCUCCCAUGUGUGGGACAUUAAUGUACUUUUUGAUUUGCUCAUUGGUCUCAGUUAUAAUACACUGUUUUAUUUUAUUUUUUUUAAGUUGCUAAUUGUCAAACCACCCUACCUUGGAAAAUUUCUUACCUGUAAUGUUCGAUUCUCAUUUCUUUAUUUUCUGUGCUUUAUGAGGCAGUCCCCCAUGCAGCUUUGAACUACCAGAGACCAACGCAGGGAUUUAUUCUGUACAACUUGGAUACUUGCGUUGGUAUCCCCUCAUACAGAACUUUCUGUGAAUCCCCUGAACGAUCAUCUUGAAUGAAUCCCUCACUGGAGACAGGAGGGCCCCUGAUGAAAGAGUGUAUUAGAGGGGCUUCUGAUGUUACAGAGCCCUUGAUCAUACUGCUUAAAGCUAGCUAUAGAAAGAAAGAAAAGAGAAAGACAAAUGGAGAAACUUGACAAGAAAGCAAAACUUUUCAGUUAUCACCCAGAGAUAAGUGCUCAAAGUCAUUAGUCUUUGUGCUAAAAGCCAGUUUUACCUGUAAAUCUCUCAGUAAUUACUAGUUUUAUCCAUCCUUGAUUAUUUUACUUUUCUCAAAGCCUUGUUACGUAACAUGCUAUAUGCUAAUUAUCAACGCCAAUGAAUCCCUGACUAAAGACAAAAGGAUACCUGAUGAGAGAGUCUGUUACGGGACCUUCUGAUAUUAAGAGGCCAUUGAAGCUAGCUAAAGAGAGAGAGUAUCAAACAACAAGAAAUAUUCAUGAUUCAUUUUCUUCAUUACAUACUACAUGCUAAAAUGGCCCGGGAUGCUAACCCUGUUUCCUUUCUGUUGAUAGUCACUUCAGUCUGACAGUUCCUGUGGUGACAGUUUAGAUUUCUUGUGAAUCCUUUUUACUCAUGGUAAAUUUGAUUGAACUCCAACAUCAGGGAAAGGGAAACUUCUACUCUUUUUUUUUUCAGCAUGAAGCGUAUAAAUAUAGAAAAAUAGAAAUAGAUUGGUAAUUUGGAUCUCCCAGAUCAGGUCCUCCUCUUUGCUUUUGUGCAAACUCACUUGGUCAACUACUCCAUGCGUCCUAACCAGAUGCGACACAAAGUGACAUACGGUAAAAACGUAUUUGUUACCUAACAUAACCUCGGUUCUCUCUAGAAGAGGGAACGAGUAUUGCGCAAGUUAGCUUACGCUACUGGAAAGAUUCAUCUUUUUGAGAUGUUGAAGCCCAAAAAUUAUCCUUCAUUUUUGUAUUCAUUUUCAAUGCAGUGUAGCAGCUAACAGACCUAGAGCAGGCAGUCUAGCGUGCUCAUUGGCUCCCCUGUGGCAACUACUUGCAGCCUACCACAGAACUCGGCGUGACGUCAUGUCCAACAUAGGGUGCUCGCGCCCUCAUCGUGUCUUAGCCCGCCAGAAUAAGUGAGGCUCGGAGGCUGUCUCCCUGGAUUUCAGCUUGUGCCGCAAGCAUGACAGGUUACGCAAUACUUGUUCCCUCUUCUAGAGAGAUCCGAAAUGUUCUCUUACAAGAGGUCCUCUCGUAUUGCGUAAGUUAGCUUACGCUACGGGAACCCUUUGUCAAUGCCGUGUAUGCCAAGCAUCCACUUCAUGAGUCCCAGGGAAUCCUGGGGAUCCCAGACAAGCGGUGGCCAGCAACGCGGGCCGGCACAAGAACAUAAACACUCAUGGGUAAUACAGAGUGGUGCCGCCGAUCCGUAUAAGCAUGUAGCAUAUUAACCCAAUACAGUGCAGCUCAACUAGGAGAGCUGUCACAUUAGAGUAGCCUCCGCAUGAUCAGAUAUGGACAGAACGUACAUCUAACUUAUACUGACUAACUUAUAUAAGUUUAGCCUGUGUGGUGGGAACUUCAGGUUAUAGAACCUAACAAAUGUGGGCGGGGAGGCCUAGCCCGCCUUCACACAUAUGUUACGAAUUGAAAUUCCGCUGGACCAUGCCCACGACGAGGCCAUGCCUCUAGUGGAAUGAGGCCUGACACCCAAAUGGCAUUGCAGACCUUUUGACGCAUAGGCAGGUGCGAUCGCAUCCACUAUCCAUCAGGGCAGGCUUUGUUUCGAGGCGGCGAGACCUUUGGUGCGCCCAGCAAAUGAAACAAAAAGCGGAUCCGAGUGCCUGAAAGGGGUGGAGCGCGUAAUGUAAGCUCUCAGCACCCUGACUGGGCAGAGGAGAUUAACAUCGCUCUCGCAUUUGGAUGCUGGCAGAGCCGAUAGAGAAAUGAUCGGAGUGCCAAUCACUUUAGGGACAUAGUCAUGUCUUGGUUUGAGGAUGACUAGACUCAAGACACGCAAUGCUGACAACACGUGUAAGUCCCCCACUUGUUCGACUGAUGAUAGAGCAGUCAGAAAAACGGUUUUGAGUGAAAGGUACUUUAGAUCCUUGGAAUCUAACGGUUCUAAGGGAUAAGCAUUCAGGGGAGGACCAAAGAAAGAUCCCAUAUACGAACAGACGGGGGGCACUGGGGAUUCAUCCUCCUGGCUCCUCUAAGGAAGCGGAUGACUAGCUCGUUCCUGCCUAGUGAUCGGCCGCGCGUCGACUCUGCGAACGCUGCAAUGGCCGCCACAUAGACUUGAAGCGUGGAAGCAUGAGCCACAGAAUGUGAGAGACAUUUUUAGAAAAACCUCGCGUGAUCUUUUAAAACGGGUGGUGUCACAGCGGCAAACACGCACAGAAUAUAGCUCAGAAAAAAAGAUACGUCGCAGGAUAGUGUAGCUCGCACGGAUGGCUGAAGGCGGCGAAGACGACCAGCUUCUUCAGGCGCUGUCCUAAGCUGGCUUUUCCCUUCUUAAAAUGACGGCUUCUCUCGGAAUCCAGUGAUGCGAAGAGCUUCGCUGAAGAGAUGAAAAUCAGGGAGCCAAUAUCCGAACCCUGCUUAUAUACGCUAAGCCACAAGCAUUCUGGCCGGCUAAGACGCAAUGAGGGCGCAAGCGCCCUUCAUUGGACGUGACGUCACUCUGGGCUCAGUGGUAGGCUGCUGCCGUUGCCGCAGGGUAGCCAAUGAGCACACUAGACAGCCUGCUCUAGGUCUGCUAGCUGCUGUACUGGGUUGACAAUGAAUACAAAAAUUAAGGAUAAUUUUUGGCCUCAAUAUCUCGAAAAGAUUCAUCUUUCCCAUAUAAUAAGCUAACUUACCCAAUAUGAGAGAACCUCUCGUAAGAGAACUAUACUUUUUGUGUGCUGUAAAUCAGAGUUUAUAUCCUUAACAAUGGCAGGACAUUUUGACAAAUCCUGCUCCACAUAGCUAAAUUUUAAAGAUCAAAUAUGUUCUGAUUGGCUGUGUCUGCUUUCAAACAACAACAUUACAUAGAGAUGGAAAUGGAGUAAUGACCAAAGUGAAUACAUUAGAUGUCUUUUUUUUUUUCUAGCAGCACAGCCUUUCACAUAUUAAGGUAAUUAAUAAAUAGUUGGUGUGGAAAACAUUGGGAUAAAACACCGAGUAAAUACCUGGGCCCUGGUGAAUAGCUAGAGGCAGAGAACUAAUGAGGGACGAGGGAAGCCAAGGAAGGGAACAAGAUUGAAAGAAUCGUGCUGCUCUUUCUCCUGAUCAGCCAACUUGUGACACACUCUGUCCCCAACAUGUUUCCAUUCAGGACACAAUCUCCUCUGGGCUUAUCCUCUGUGUUCUGCCUUCACCUGUGACAACCUUGUUCAGUACAAAUGGGCCAGAGAGAGCAUCACUUUUCUGUAUGCCAAUCCCCAUCUGCAGGUAUGCAUAUGCAAAGUCAGCCUGCCUAUGUGUACCCCUGCAAAGGAAGCUCCUUUGAACGAUAUUAAAAUUUAAUGAACCGUACACCGGUGGGGUGUGCGGAGGAUUCAUCUUGUGCAUGCAUUGCACAUUUACCAAGGAGAGAGAUGGGAUUCAUCUGGAUUUGGGAAGAUCCACAGCUCAGUAUGUUUUUUUCACACACAUGCACAUAUGUUCACAUACACACAUGCCAGGACAAGCCUUGUAACUGAAUGUAAUGCAAGACUGAGGGCCAUUUUCUUACAAACAGCAACCAAAUUUCAUUAUAUGUUUAUUUUCUACUGGCUGACCUUGAAAGAAGAUCAAAAUGGCUGUUGAGAACUACAGAGGGUUGUUGUGAUGUAGAUUAUUUGUCAUUUUGUCUUUCUUUCUGGUUAAAUAGGAUUUAAUCUUCUGGAGCACAAUAAAUGAUUUUAUCAAGCUCAA